CUAGCAAAGCUGGCUUGCCAAACCGCCCUGUGUGGCUAAGGGCCAUUUCCUUUGUGGCUGAAGAAGAAGAAGAAGAAGCGAAAGCUCAUCAUCUCAUUGGUGGUAGAAGAAGAAGAAGCUUCGAUUCUGGGGUUCCAUUCCGACCUGAGCUUUGAACCAGACGCGGAAGUGAUGGAAGCCACGGAAAUUACCCCAACAAGUAAGUCGCGCAAGAAACGGCAAAAGCGAGCUGGACGUUCCCGGGCCAGCAGUCGGAAGUCAAAGUUGUCAAGUACACGCUCCAGCGGUAAAGAAGUCAGUGGAACCAGCAAAAGAUCUGGCGAAGAAGAAGAUAUUCAUGGAGCUUCCAAGGAGACGACAAGAUCCUCCAAGAUAAGCAUACCCUCCAAGAGCAAAGCGACCACGCAAACGCUACCCGAACAAUCUACUACUGUAACAACGAAAGAGGAUUCAACGCAGAAGUCUAAAUCCACCCGUAAAACGUUAAUAGCUGCCGCCAUCUUAAUUUUACUCCUGGCAAUCAUCGCAACAACUGCUUUUUUCAUCUACAAGCUUUUCACGAAGAGUGAAAGGCCGAUGGUGAUCGAAUGCAAAACAGCAGUGUGCAAACAGAUCCAAGGCCAGGUUGAAGACCAGCUAGACAAGAACGUUCAUCCGUGUGACGACUUCUAUAGGCACGUGUGUAGUAAGUGGGUGAAAAACAGUCGAUCAACCGGAUACACGCAGGACAUGAAGGACUCCUAUAACGACACCCUGAUCACAGCUCUGACAGCCCCGAGGACAAAGAAACUUGACAGAUGGGGCGCCCACGUAAUGGCUAAACUGUACGAAGUCUGUCAUCUUUACAUGACUACUGAUUCGGGCACCUUAAAGGACGCAGUAAAACAGGUCAUCGACUUGCUCAACGUUAAUGUCGUAUUGAACGGGCAACAGCACAUAUUCGCGUUUCUUCUCGAAAUGUCCUUAACCAAGAAUAUCCACUCUGUCUUCACAGUUCGAUUUCAUCGUACCGCGAGAUCGUACUACUUACGUUUCGAUCUUGGAUACUCUAUCCAUUCGAAGAUGUUUGGUCUCUUCACGGAUGACUUCGCAGACACCAGCAGCGCUUCGCCGCUUCGACGCAAUAUGAUAAGUAUGGUGUCCGAAUUUCUGAAUAACCCUCAAGUCAACUCUAACAUCAGCGCGGACACGCUCUUAGACCUAGAUGCCGAGAUUCACGAGCUUCUGAGAGCAAAGGGCAUCGUGGUACGGAAAACCUUCAAGGAUUUGGAGAAGCUGACAUCGCCCAAGACCACGCAACAGAUUAUCGAAGUCGUCAACCACAACGCACCUCCCGACUUUAGAGCAGACUUCAGCAGUCAGAUUCACUUCGCGGGCCUCCGAUCUCUUCUGGGUAUCCAAUACAUUCUCACAAACAAAUCUGUUGGACUGCGGGACCCCUACCACCUGGUCAACAUUGCGACCGAUCUCCUCCGGUUCACGGCGUUCAAGGACAUAGCCAGGAAGGAGCCCAGACUAUAUUCCGAAGUAUGCCUUCGUGCAACAAGAAUUGCUCUCACCAAUACCUGGCCCUUUGUGAUAGCUCGACUGACCGGACAUCUGGAGAGCGGGAAGGCCGCCAAAGAGCUUGGGGUACGCGUACGGAGCAUGAUACUGGCCACAACAGUCUUCCAGGAGUUUGACCAGGCCUUGCGAGAAGAGGGGAAGGAGAACCUGAGAAGUACGACUUUGAUUACCUAUGAGCGUGCAGAAGCGGAGAAGGUCUCCGAACACGUUGAUUAUACGUUAUGGAGACCUGAAGGCAACCGGCUGUUCCCGGUUUAUGUGGAAGCCGGAGACAAAGAGAAGCUUGUGCUCCAGACGGCGUAUCCCGUCGAGUGGGCGAUCAGUGCCACCAAAAGCCAAUUUCGAUCCGAAGUAAAGUUUCUCGAAAAUGAAAGACUCCUGACGGUGCCCACUGCCUUCCAAGACGCACCCCUUUUCUAUUCCGAACAUGUCAGUGAGAUUCCUCAUUACAUCAACAUGGCAACGCUGGGAUCCUGGAUCGCCCAGGAAAUGGUACGUGCUUUGAUUGUCCCACUUAAGGGAUCAGAAAAAUCGACGUCCACCCUUCACGAGUCCCUGGCAUGCGUGAAGAAAGUUGCUGCACUUCAGGGUCUGCAGUUGUCAGCCGUCACUGGGCCUUCCCUGUGGGAGAACAGAGCCGUUCUGUGGUAUUAUGCUUUUCUCAUCGUUUACGAAGGAAUGAAGCAGUUGGUGAUCAGCUCUGGCGAAUCUGAAACGGGUGACAUUUGGAAAGAGACCCAGCGUUACCUUUUCAUCCGCUUCUGUAUGCGAUCGUGCACGUCAGGGGGCAACGCAGAGCCGCCCCUAGCCUUCAGGGAGAGCUGCCUGGUUCCAGUUAUGAGCAACCCGGAUUUCGCCGCUGUCUUCGGUUGUACCGAGAGGAACGCCUUCAGGACGGACGUCUGUGUCUUCAAACACACCUGAACCCGUCCUACCACAAAUGAAAUUACACGUGCCGUCAUCAUCUCCGAGCAGUCUAUGCUAACACGUAUAUAGUUCAUUGUGUUGAAACUUGUGGAGCGGUUCGGUGAGAAUACUUUACCAACCGUAUCACAUUUAUGGUCACCGAGUCUGAUGACACUGUAGGGUCAAAUGGCAAUUACAUAUAGUUAUCUCA